UGUAAAUUAAAUAUGGACCAAAGACGACAAGCCGCGUUUUUAAUCCUUUUCAUCUGUCUUAUGUUGGACCCUAGGUUUGACGUGGGUGUGUGUCAGGGGACACCGAUAGAAAGCAUUGCUACGACUUUCCUUACCAAUUAUUUCAACACGUUUGACAGUUCAAGAGCAAACGUUGGUCCGUUUUACCACGCAGAUGCACAGCUGACUUUUGAGGGACAGCUGUUUUCUGGCCCACAAGCUAUUGUUGCAAAAUUCACGUCAUUGCCUUUUCAAAAGAUUCAACAUUCGAUUACAACAAUGGACAGUCAGGCGACGGUUGAUGGUGGAAUUACUAUAUUGGUUGUGGGAAAAAUAAAAACUGAUGAUGAUCCUAUUCAUGGUUUCACUCAGACAUUUCACCUGAAGCAAGUAGGUGACAGUCUUCUAGUGGUUAAUGAUUUAUUUCGACUAAUCCUGAACAAUUAAGAUUAAAUGAUUGUAUGAAAGCUGAAAAAACACCUGUGCUGAACUGGAGCAGAUGAAACUGAAUGGAUCGUGAAAUGGACAUGCCAGAGAAAAACUGUUGUAUCAUAAAAGACGACUGUGAAAUAUAAACUUAAAGCUGCAUGGCUUUUUACAUUUUUGAGAUUUGACAAAAUAUGAUGAAGUUUAUUUGGUAGAAAGCUGAGUCAUUGUGGAAAUGUUCUCUUCACACAUACUGUAUUAUUAAAGAUGUGCUGGCAUCCAUUUGGUAUGUGCGAGGGUUGCCUUCUAGAGUUUCUCAGUGGAAAAUGGAAAAUCUACACGAGAAAAAUUAUUUUGAUUGCAGAUUUAUUAUAAAUAUCUGAUUGAAAAUUGAAUAAAUACACCUUUUGCUUUGAA